UUUUCUUUUGUUGACAAAGAAUUUUCUAGUUGUUUCCUGCGCAGUAUAACUGAAUUUAUUCUUAAACAGCGUAGCUGAGUUAACAUGAGAGUUAUUGAAGUUGCCCAAACAGCGUGGAAACGAAGUUUCGUUGAUGUGGAUGAGCUGAAGAGUUUGUUGUUUAGGACUCCCAGAAAGUUGAUUCUGUUCAUUUGGAAGGAGUGAGCGACGAAAACGUUUCUCCCUGUGAAGGCGACACAUCCAGUGAACAGAACCAGCUUUGCUUACCUGUUUGAAUGUCUCUCGGUUAUUUUUGGAAACUCUUUAAGUCUGAGAAGUCAAAUGUCUCCUUUUCAGUGUUUCUUUAUGACUGAAAACAUCUUCAGGUUUGUCUCAGUGAGCUCAAAUUGUCUAAAACUGGAGAUUUUGUUUUUUAUCUCAAUGAACCCAAACAGUUUAAACGGUGCAUUUCUCCUUUAAACGCAGCGUUUCGUGUUUUCAACGUUGAAUAAACGGGACCCACGGGACUGCCCGUGCUUCCCCGUGGGGGCUGUUUCCCUGUUACGAAAACGAGCUCUGAGUGUACCCUGGCCAUUCAUCUCGGAGGGGAGGAGUUAAAGGAGCGAGAGGGGGUCGUAACAAGUGCGUCCUCGAUAAGUAAUUAUUCCAUUUCCGCCUCGCUCGGCUCGUCCCUCUGAGAGGAGCGCUUGGAUGAACUGGAAAAGGAGGCUGAGCUGAUUUUUGUGUGCUCUCCGCCUGCAGCUCCUCGCAGCCUGAAGAGAAGAGGAUGGAUGGAAACUUGUUUCCGACUCUUAUCUUCCUCCCGGUCCUGCUCUCAGCCGUGUUGCCAUCUUCCGCCGGUGUGCUGGAGCCGUACGACCUUUUAUAUGAUAACGCGGUGGAAGCGUUUUACAGUGCCGAUUAUGAGAGCGUGGUGCGCUACAUGGAGGGAGCGCUCAGCAGCCACAGACAGGUCCGGGCCACCAGAGUCCGAUGCCGGCUGAGGUGCCAGGACCAGCAUCCGUUAGAUGAAAGCUUCUCGGAUCUGCGCUUUUUCGACUCGGUCCUGCGGAGAGCAGCGUGUAUGAACAAAUGCAUCGAGGAGAAAGUUGGCACGCAGUCUCUGCACAAAGUCAGCGAGGAUGUGGUGCAGGACUUCAACAGGAGGAUCCCGUACAACUACCUCCAGCAGGCGUAUCAGAAGUUGCAGCGGCCCGACAAGGCUGCAGAGGCGGCUCACACCUACUUCCAGGCCAAUCCAGAGCAUGUGGAGAUGGGCCGGGACCUGGAGCAGUACAAAAACCUGCAGGGCGUUGAGGAAACCCACUUUGUGGACCGAGAAGCCCGGCCUCACCAGCGCUCCUUCACAGCGGCAGUGCAGUUGUACGAUAAAGGGGACUACGAAGGAGCGACUGCUCUCUUUGAGGAGGCGUUGGUGGAAUACUACAAGGCAGACGUGGACUGUCGGGCGCUGUGCCAAGGCCCGCAGAAGUUUGAGGGCCAAGAUCACCUCCGAUACCGCUACAGCCUCCAUGAAGUCGUAUCAGAUCACUUCACUCAGGUGCUGCACUGCGAGCACGAGUGUGUCAGAGACCUCGCCACUCGACCCGGCCGCCUCUCACCUAUGGAGAACUACCUGCCUCUGCACUACGAUUACCUUCAGUUUGCCUACUUCAAAGCGGGCAGGCUGGAGGAGGCGCUGCAGUGCGCCCUCACCUACCUUUUGUUCCACGAGGGAGAGGAGUUCAUGAAGGAAAACGCUGAUUACUACAGAGAGGAGCUGGGACAUGAUGCUGAGCCACGAGAGAAAGAUGCAUGGUACCUGAGGAGGCACAAACAGGAACUAAAGCUCCUUCUGAUUGGCAGCAAAAUCAUGGGUGCAGAAUUCACAGAAGGGAACUACUGGAGGAGCACAGGUGGAAGAGAUGACUCAAACAGCGUUCCCUCAGGCACUGAUGGCUGGAUGGAGUAUGUUCCCAUCUCGCAUAAGAAAAAUGUCACCGUCACGUCUCCGCAGAGUCUCAAGGAAGGGGGCCCCUUGUUGUACGAGGGCGUGCAGCUGGUGCAGAACUCGGCGGCUUUGAACGGGACCCAGCGGGUGCUGCUGGAUCAUGUUUUAUCUGAGGAAGAGUGUGCAGAGCUCAGACAGCUGGCACAUACUGUCACGAUGGCAGGAGACGGUUACAAAGGCAGGAUGUCCCCUCACACUCCCAAUGAGAAGUUCGAAGGAGCCAGUGUGCUUAAAACCCUGCAGCACGGCUUUGAGGGCAGAGUGCCAAUGAGAAGUGCUCGCCUCUUCUAUGAAACCAGCGAGCGGGCGAGACGAAUCAUCGAGUCAUAUUUUGUGCUAAACUCCACGUUGCACUUCUCCUACACACACCUGGUGUGCCGGACAGCCAUCAAAGUGCACUGUUAUAUCUAAAUGCCGACUUUGAAGGAGGGGAGUUCAUAUUUACAGAAAUGGAUGCCAAAACCGUCACGGCAUCAGUGAAACCAAAGUGUGGCAGAAUGGUAGGUUUCUCAUCAGGAGGGGAAAAUCCACACGGCGUGAAGGCCGUUACGAGUGGACAGAGGUGUGCUGUGGCUCUCUGGUUCACCCUGAACCCACUCUACAGAGAACUGGAGCGACUGCAGGCGGACGAGGUGGUCCAGGCCCUGGACACGCAGCAUGUGUUCGGUCAAGGUCUUAACAUCAACCCCAAAGAUGAGUUGUAGAAACGUCAGAAUGGCGCCACCUUCUUCAGUCAAACACUUGUAUAUGUUAUUUAUUGAAUGACCUCUGGAUCAGAACAUUUCUAUUUUUCUACUGUUUUGGAAGUGCAAGGUCAAUGUCGUUUUGUGUUAUUUUGAUUUUUCCUCCUGCUUCUCGUUCAACCUUGAGUUUACAUUUUGGUUCUUGGGCGUUCGAUCCAAUCACAGCCUCCGUGUGUUUGGAGCGACACGAUGUCGUCAGCUUGUAUCUGUAAUCUCACUCAACUGUGAAGUUUCACUGCUUUGGUCAACAGACUUAAACACCAACAUUUUCACUGUAUGUUCAUAUAUUAACUUGUGUCUUCACAAAUGGUACAGGCAAGUAUGAUAUUAAGCACAUUAUCCCUUUUUAUUAGUUUGUAUUUCUAUGACUGUAAUAUAUUUUUAAAUACGCGGUGCACUGUUGUUUUCUCAGAGUCUAAAAUGAGACUCAUCUGAAUAAUUAGUGUCUUGUUGAAUAUUUAAGUGAAACGGGAAACAUCUUUAGUCAUUUUUGUUCAUUAGUUGUAAUAAAUCACUCUGCACAACACUGCCUAAGAUGCUCACUGACACGAGGACAGAGUGUGUUUGGUUUUUCAAUGUGUUUGUCUUGUAAUGACAGCUGCUGGCUACAUUUAAUAUAAGAAACUUUUUUUCAUAAAAGAUGCCAAUUAUUCCUGUUUCAAGGAAUACGUGUUGAAUAACGGUCUUUUAUUACUUUGUGUGGUUGGUCCAGAACGGUCGAGUCGUGCACUGGAGAUCAGGUGGAGAAGAAAAAUAAAUAAGAGUAACUUGGCUUUUCUAUGUGGGUUCAAAAUGUUUUACUGUUUAAUUCUGAAAUGCUGAAGAACACAUGUAUGUGUACACGCCUAUAAAGUAAAAACAUUUCACGUG